UCACGCAUCAGCUGACUUAAGGGCUGCCACCACCAAGACUCAACACAGGCCGCUGUCACAGUCUCCGGAGCUGCCGCCAUGGCUCAGUACAAGGGCGCCGCGAGCGAGGCGGGUCGCGCCAUGCACCUGAUGAAGAAGCGGGAGAAGCAGAGGGAGCAGAUGGAGCAGAUGAAGCAGCGGAUUGCAGAGGAGAACAUAAUGAAAUCCAACAUUGACAAGAAGUUUUCUGCACACUAUGAUGCUGUGGAGGCGGAGCUCAAGUCUAGCACCGUGGGUCUUGUGACCCUAAAUGACAUGAAGGCCAAACAGGAAGCACUCGUGAAGGAGCGGGAGAAGCAGCUAGCGAAGAAGGAGCAGUCGAAGGAGCUGCAGCUGAAGCUAGAGAAGCUUCGAGAGAAGGAGCGCAAGAAGGAGGCCAAGCGGAAGAUCUCUAGCCUGUCUUUCACGUUGGAGGAAGAAGAGGAGGGAGGCGAAGAAGAAGAAGAGAUGGCCUUAUAUGAGGAGGAGCUGGAAAGGGAAGAGAUCACCACCAAGAAAAGGAAAUUGGGGAAGAACCCAGAUGUGGACACAAGCUUCCUGCCUGACCGAGACCGGGAGGAAGAAGAGAAUCGGCUCCGGGAAGAGCUGCGACAGGAGUGGGAAGCCAAGCAGGAGAAAAUCAAGAGUGAGGAAAUCGAAAUCACCUUCAGUUACUGGGAUGGCUCUGGGCACCGGCGGACAGUGAAGAUGAAGAAGGGGAACACCAUGCAGCAGUUCCUGCAAAAGGCACUUGAGAUCCUGCGGAAAGACUUCAGUGAGCUCAGGUCAGCAGGGGUGGAGCAGCUCAUGUACAUCAAGGAGGACUUAAUCAUCCCCCAUCAUCACAGCUUCUAUGACUUCAUCGUCACUAAGGCCCGAGGAAAGAGUGGACCACUCUUUAACUUUGAUGUUCAUGAUGAUGUGCGACUGCUCAGCGAUGCCACUGUGGAGAAGGAUGAGUCACACGCAGGCAAAGUGGUGUUGAGGAGCUGGUACGAGAAGAACAAGCACAUCUUUCCUGCCAGCCGUUGGGAGCCCUAUGACCCUGAGAAGAAGUGGGACAAGUACACGAUCCGGUGAGCAUCCACGAGGAGGCAUGGUCUCAGCUCUACCCUGCACAAUCCCAUGUUUCCAGGACUACAGGUGCCUAGUUCCCCUGGGAUUGUGCCACAGCUUUGAAGAUGAAAGUUGUCCAUAUCCUGGUACCUGGUGUUGCUAUUACUGCCUUUUUCUUUUACAAUAAAGUCUAUGUCAGAGCUGUA